UUCGGUCUCUCAUUCGAAACGCAACGCUGGCAAAUCGUAGAUCGCCAAGAUGUCCACUAAUUGGCGUGAAUUGUUCCCCACCAAACUCACAUUUGUGAUCUUUCUGCUGUACAUGUCCCUAUUUAUAGGGCAGGGCAUCUUUGUCACAGCUUCCCAGGAAUCGAAUAAUUCCUAUGGUUAUAACACCGUCACGGUUGUUCUGCUCACCGAGGUCUUUAAGCUGAUUGUUUCCACCUGCCUGUACUGCCGGGACCACAAUCUACGCUCUUUGGUGCGGGAUGUGCACAAGGAUCGCAAUGUUUUGGCCCUGUACAUGGUGCCCGCCUUCCUCUACUGCCUGUACAACAAUUUGGCCUUCGUCAACUUGGCCACGUUUGACCCCACCACGUAUUAUCUGCUGCUGCAGCUGCGCGUCGUCGUCACCGGCAUACUGUUUCAAAUUAUCUUCAAGAAGUACCUGUCGCAACGGCAGUGGAUCUCCCUGAUACUACUCACACUGGGCUGCAUGAUGAAACAGAUCGAUUUCGGGAGUUUCUACAGCGAUACCAAUGAUGAUAGCGAAUCGGCAGCUAUACAGCAACAGCAAUCACUCAAUCGAACGGCUAGUAAUGCUCAAAUUCAUGGCAAGAAUAUGUCUGGAUUUGAUUUCAGUCUGAGUGCCGUUUUUAUAUUGGCACAGACUAUCUGUUCUUGCCUAGCUGGCGUUUAUAACGAAUAUCUGCUGAAGGAUAAGGGCGCCGAUGUUAAUAUCUUUGUGCAGAAUGUGUUUAUGUAUCUGGAUUCGAUUGUCUGCAAUGCUGCCAUCCUCCUGCUGCGCGGCGAGCUCCUGGACGCCUUCAGUCCACAGAAUCUAAGCAGCAUCAUGCGCUUCAGCGUGCUGAUUAUCAUUGUAAACAAUGCGGCGAUUGGCAUUGUCACGAGUUUCUUCCUUAAGUACAUGAACUCCAUACUGAAGACCUUUGCCAGCGCCUUGGAGCUGCUCUUCACGGCUGUCCUGUGCUACUUCCUCUUCUCCAUACCCAUCUACAUGAACACCGCGCUGGCCAUCGCGGUGGUGUCCUAUGCCAUCUAUCUGUACACCCAGAGUCCGGUGGUUAAUCUCGGCAAGGUGCGUCCGCUGGCCAAUUUGAGCGAUGCCGGCGCCAGGUCAACGGACAAAAGGAAGCUGCUCGACGAGGAGGCGGCCGAAUCGGACCUCGAUAUGGUGUAACUAGUCCUAGACUUAAUCUUAGUCUGUAAAUAGUUGUGGAAAAGUGCCUGCAAAUGUUUUGAACGCCAGACGAAUGUAUUGAAAAUGACACCAGGCUUUGUGCAAUUGUAAAUACCAAAACUUUUGCUUCUCUAGUUUAAGACUCUCAGCGUAAAUGUAUUUUAAUCAUAACAUGAUGGUAAUCGAAGGAAAGAUGGUUUUACAUAUGAA